UUAUAUUUUUCGUGUUCUUUCAUUGGCCGUGUGAUGCCUUUUGGAUGGCAAUUGACAUACAAAGAUUCCUUUACGAAGAGCUGACUCUCAUCGUGUAACAGCCAUCCACGUCUCUCUGGUCGGUUAUUCCGCAAGCGGACGAGGUCUAAGUAUCAUCAAUACCAUCUUGCCCUUCAGGCCACCCGUAGCUGCAAGUAUAUCAAUCACCUGUUGCAAGAGGCAUAUAAUCUCCACCUUCUACUGUGUCUACAAGUCACCUCAUACCUCACAUGAACAACAUGAAGGCAGAAGAAACUUUCGACUUCAUCAUAGUCGGGGCAGGUGUCGCAGGCUGCGUGGUAGCGAGUCGAAUCUCACAAAGCCGUCCUGAUCUGCGCAUCCUGCUCAUUGAGGCCGGCGUCGAGAACGAUGAUCGGACAUCCGGCGCAAUGGGCUUCGUGGCAGGAUUCGGCUCGGAUAUCGAAUGGCCCCAUCGCUCGGUGCCGCAGGAGCGCGCUUUUGGAGGUGAUACGGUGUGUCUAACCUCUGGCAAGCUUGUCGGGGGAGGGUCCGGGGUAAAUUAUCAGGUGUUUACGCGCGGGCCGGCUGUUGAUUAUGACCAAUGGGCAGAUCUUGUUCGAGACCGGAGAUGGUCGUGGAAUGGUCUUUUGCCGUAUUUCAAGAGGGUCGAGACGUGGUAUCCUUCUGUGGAGAUGAAGGAGAGGGGUUGUGUCACGAUUGAUUCUCAUGGAGAUCGUGGACCGAUUAAGGUCAGCCAUGCGACAAAUAGUGGCAAGCCACGCAAUUACCCGUUGCGGGAGAAGAGCCGUAGGUUUCACGAAUUGCUCGGUCGCAAACAGGUGGAUGAUAUGAAUAGUGGACAGCAACUGGGGUACUCGGAGGCUUUCAGUUCCACCUAUGCGGGAUUGAGAAGCUUUGCGAGUAGCUACCCUUUGGGAGUUAACGUCACCGUCUGGACGAAUUCAACUGUGGAAAGGCUCAUCAUGACUGGGAGGACUGCGGAAGGCGCCGUUAUUGCGCGAUCAGUAGGAGAUAAGAUUGAGCGUGUGCAUGUCAGGGCUCGGAAAGAGGUGAUCCUCUCAGCAGGGGCAUAUGGAUCACCCAAAAUCCUUCUUCUUAGCGGCAUCGGCCCAGCAGAAGAGUUGCAGCGACAUAACAUCACUCCAGUCGUAGACCUCCCCGUGGGGAAAAAUUAUGCUGACCAUCCUCACAUAUUCACCUACUGGACGAUUGACCAGCACAGUGCUACCCUAGGUGACGGGGAGAUGGAAACCGAUCAAGUCCAUUGGCUAGCAGGCUUGCCAUACGACUGGAUGUCUUUUGCACCUGCUGAUGCAAAGACACAAGAGCUGGCCAAACAAAUUCUGAGCUCAGCCGAGCGCAGUCGGUAUUUGGCUGAGGGGAAGAUGCAACUCGAAAACUUUAUCGUUUACACCGCCGUCGACACGUCCGCUCGCAAGAAACCCCUCGAAUGCUGGCCCGGGAAGCGCGUCAUCAGCCUCAUGCACGUUCUUGUCGACUCAGUAUCACGGGGUACUCUCACGCUGCGAUCAUCUGACCCUGCUGACGCCCCCGUGCUGGACCCCAGACUCCUUGCAUCCCCGAUUGACCGAUCGGCGAUGUACGAGAAUGUGCGGGAGACUGCGCGUGCCAUACAGGCCGUCGAGGGUCUCAAUGCUGUCGAGUUUGGCGUCGACGAUUCCCUCCGUGAUAAUUGGUCCGAUGAGGCGAUCGAUAUCCGGGCGAACCGGAGUGGUGGUAGUUGCUUUCACUACUCGGGGACUUGUGCGAUGGGGGGAGUUGUCGACACUGAGUGUCGGGUGUAUCAGGUUGAGCGAUUGAGGGUUGUCGACUCUGGUGUAAUCCCACUACCGUUGGCGGCGCAUUAUCAGGCGCCUACGUAUGGUGUUGCUGAACAGGCUGCUGACAUGAUUCUUUCCUCGGUGGAUUGACCAGCUGGAUCUCUCACCAUUAUCAAGAACUAGCAUUGAAAAUAGAAGAUACAUGAUGAUUGGAUAAUGCGGUUAUGUACGAUGCUCGAUGCAGGCCAUUGUUCCCAUAACGUGCCAUAAAGUUGCGAUGCCAUGGCGGGUAUGAUGAGGGCGGAGCCGGAAGCCAUGUCCACUUUGAUGGAAACCUAUGAAUCAGAUCCUACCGAAAGCGGGGGGAAGAAAAUAGUUAGUAGUAUAGCCAAUAAAAAGAAAUGAUGCCGUCA